AGACAUGAUGGAGAUGGAGUCGACUGAAGUUGUGCUGUUUGUGCUCAUGUUAUACAGCUUUGUAACUUUGUUAAUGCGGCCUGAGCCUAUUCGGAUCCGGAGCCGCCACACGUUGAAUGCUAUAAUGGCAAAGUUUCUUCAGCAUCAAAGGCAGUUUAAAAGCCUUAGGAAAAGGAUGGGCCGACGGAAAGCACACAUGACUGCCAUGUUUCACCGUAGGAUGGCUGAUGACGAUGAGCGUUUUCACGCCCUAAGAACAGCAAUGAUAUGCAAAUACUACGGGACGCGUCGUGUCCCGCGCUCUCUCUGGGUGAACAAUAGAACCUCGGCCUGGUGGGAGAACGUGGUGCCGACGUACACCGAUGUGCAGUGGAUCCAAGAUUUCAGAAUGUCCAAGCACUCUUUCCAAUACCUCUGUAGUCGCCUGGAAGCAACGUUGGGGAGAAGCGACACCAACUUCCGGGAGUGUGUCCCUGUGGCUAAAAAAAUCGCCAUAGCACUGUGGAAACUUGCGACCAACUCUGAGUACAGGACCAUCUCUCAUUUGUUUGGAGUCGGCAGAUCUACAGUGUGUUACUGUGUGCACGAGUUCUGCUCCUCUGUUGUGAGCAUACUCCUUUGUGAGUUCAUGCCAUGGCCGAACGCUGAGAAGUUAGAGGAGAUGGCAUUAUUUUUUGAGUGCAGAUGGGGUGUGCCACACUGCUGGCGCAGCGCCAACACUUCAUCCUGGUGCCGCUGGCGCUCCAUCUGCUGCAGCGCCAGUUCUGACUGGCGCUCCAUCGAGGUGAUCAUUCUGGCCUCCGCUUCCUGGGUCUGGCUGAACUGCACCAUCUGA